UCCCUCCCCGCCGCGCUCUCCCACGCACCUGCGCUGGCCUCCCCCCAAGCCCUGGGGGCAGCCGGCGGGCGCUGCUGGGAGAUCAGAGGACUCGGAGGAGUUGGGCCCAGGGGGAGGGGGCGGGGAAUUUCCCCCCACGCCUGCCUGGGCCUGCUCCCCUCCCCCUCCCCCGCCAGGUGGGGGGGCACCGCUGGGGGAAUUCCAUUGCGCUGCGAGCCCGGGCCGGGGGUCCUGGGGAGAGGAGGAGGAGGCGAGGAGGGGACAGGCUGGGACCAGGGGCGCAGCUGCCUUCCUCCCCAGACACCAGCUGCCCCUGCCUGUCCCGGGCUGAGAGUCCACCCUUCCAGUCUGUCGGGCGGGUGAGGGGGCCGGGAGUGACGCUUCCCGAGGCCGGAGGCGUCGGGACCCGGGAAGGGAGAGGCGUGAAGAUCCAAAGGCGGUGCGCGUGUGAGCGUCUCACCAUGAAUGGUGACUGAGUGGGAGAGCGCGCGCACUUCAUUCAAGGCUGGCUGUGAGCGGGGGACGCUGGCGAGUCCCGGGACAUGUGGCCUCGGGAGACGGUCCUGUAUCUCCCCCGUUAGGGUCCUUCUGUCCACCAGCCCGGCCAGUCCUCCUGCACACGCUCCCACCCGAAUCUUCACCGACCCGGGGAGGGGGAAGGGCGGGGAGGCGCACGCCGGGCCUCUGAGGGUCCCGGAGAUGGGGGACGGGCGUGGGAGGCGUCUGGACCUGCUGCCUCGGCUCCAGUCUCGGGCGGGGCUUCCCGGCCUCGGGGGGGUGGGGUGCGGAGGGAGGGACCCAGGGGGGAGGGACGCGAGGGGGGCAGGAGCCGGCGCGUUAGAGACCUGGGCGAGGGAGACUUAGAGAGCUAGGCGCAGCGGGAGGGGACGGGUGUGGAAGCCGAAACAGGACCCCAAGCCCAGAGAAGCAGAGGCCGGAAACGUCCCUGGCCUGAGAUCGCCCCCCCGGGGUAAAUUCCCAGUUGGGUCGGGGCAGAGAGACGCCUUCAAGGCCAGAAACUUUAGGAGGCAGAUACCCCUGGGCGAUACUCCCCCGCCCUCCCAUCGUCUCGCCCCAGACCCAGAGCGGGACGAGUACGGACUGUCAGAGGACAACGCCCCCCUCCGCAGACGCCUGGGAGACCCUGGAGCGACCCGGGGGGCGCCGAGGGCCUUGCGCGGGCCAGAGCGACCUCUCCUCGGUUGGGGGCAAUGGGGACACGGCCCCCCAAGGCCCUGCUCCUCCUCCUCUUGCUCCGGCUGCUGCCGCCACGCGGGGCAUCGGCGGGGAGCCUGCAGAGCCCAGGCCUGUCCGAGUGCUUCCAGGUGAACGGCGCCGACUACCGCGGCCACCAGAACCGAACCGGCCCGCGCGGGGCCGGCCGCCCGUGCCUCUACUGGGACCAGACGCAGCAGCACAGUUACAGCAGCGCCAGCGACCCCCAGGGCCGCUGGGGGCUGGGCGCGCACAACUUCUGCCGUAACCCAGACGGUGACGUGCAACCAUGGUGCUACGUGGCCGAGACAGAGGAGGGCAUUUACUGGCGCUACUGCGAUAUCCCCACGUGUCACAUGCCUGGGUACCUGGGCUGCUUCAUGGACUCUGGGGCACCUCCAGCCCUCAGCGGGCCCAGCGGCACCUCAACAAAGCUCACAGUCCAGGUGUGCCUUCGCUUCUGCCGCAUGAAGGGCUACCAGUUGGCGGGCGUGGAGGCCGGCUAUGCCUGUUUCUGUGGCUCUGAAAGUGACCUGGCCCGAGGACGCCCAGCUCCUGCCACCGACUGUGACCAGAUCUGCUUUGGCCACCCGGGCCAGCUGUGUGGCGGUGAUGGGCGCCUGGGCAUCUAUGAGGUGUCCGUGGGCUCCUGCCAGGGGAACUGGACCGCACCCCAGGGUGUCAUCUACUCCCCGGACUUCCCGGACGAGUACGGGCCGGAUCGUAACUGUAGCUGGGUGCUGGCCCCUCCGGGCGCCGCGCUGGAGCUCGCCUUCCGCCUCUUCGAGCUGGCCGACCCGCGUGACCGGCUGGAGCUGCGCGACGCCGCCUCGGGCAGCCUGCUCCGCGCCUUCGACGGCGCCCGACCGCCGCCGCCGGGUCCUCUGCGCCUGCGCGCCGCCGCGCUGCGGCUCACCUUCCGCAGCGACGCGCGAGGCCACGCUCAGGGCUUCGCGCUCACCUACCGCGGGCUGCAGGACGCCGACGCCGACCUGGCGCCCCUCGAGGGCUCGACUCAGACCCCCGCAGCGCCCCUCGACGGGGCCAACGUGAGCUGCAGCCCAGGGCCUGGCGCUCCAGCGGCCUCGAUGGGGGGUCUUCUCGACGGUGACGGCCGUCUCUGUGCUGCUCCUGCUGGUGCUGUCGCUGCUGCGCCUGCUGCGCGGACGGGGCUGCCUGCUGGCUCCGAGUAAAGGGCCCCCAGCGUUGAGGCCUUCCCGGGACCCCACAAGAAGCUGGGCCGUUUGGUACCGCCGGCCUCGAGGGGUGGCCCUGCCCUGUCCUCCCGGGGACCCCCAGGUUGAGGGUUUAACCGCGAGUUACCGGCCCUUGAGCGCCUCCAGCCAGAGUUCCCUGCGUUCACUCAUCUCUGCUCUCUGACUCGGGGACCCCUAGGGUCCACUGGAUCCUCCUGCGGCUUGAUGGACUCCGCAGACCCUAUGCCACCCUCUGUCUGCAUUGGCCUUCUGCUCCUUUGAGGGCAGCUCUAGUCAUCUCAAGGAGGCCAGACGUUGGACAGGAAGCAUCUGUUACUAUUAUUGAGAACUUGACCUGACCCUCGGGGUCCGGAUGGUCAAGGCCAAAGGACAAGAGGAAUUCUGCUUCCCUUCCUCUUAGACCUCAGUUCGCGGGUCUUUGAGCCCUGCUUGGGGUAGUUCUGGACUACCGAUCAAAGUGAAAUGUAAGAGGUCAACAAAAGUGGUCAUAAGACCAACCACAGACUUUGAAUAAAGGAUCUGUUUUGGU